UUCGUUGCGUUGCGCAAGUGCAUCAUCAUCAACAUCUUGGUGUAGGGAAUGCUUAGGGAAUCGGUUGUAGAGAUCUACUGCUCCGAGUGGUUUAAGACACAUCAGUAGAAUCAAAUGGAGGGCAUUGAGAUCGAGAAAGACGCCGAGCCUGCCAAGGAUCCUGCUGCCCCGACCGAUGCCCCCGCUGCCGACGCUGAGGCAGCUGACCAGGCGCCAGAAGAUGCAACGACUGACCCAGCAGGAGCUGCCGCGGCAAGUAGCAACAUACGAGGCUCCGCAAAUUUUUCAAAAGCCGUGAAGGGAAGGGGUGACUCAGCGGAGCAACAACACUACGUCAAUCAUAUUCACGGAGCAGAGCCGCCUGCUGAAGGUGGCGGAGGAACAUCGGGCGAAGAAAACAAUUCUAAUGCGUCCUCGUUCUACGCAGGACAUGCUUAUGAACCACAUGAGCAUUCACUAGCGCAAAAAGAUCCGAGUGAGAACCGCGACUUCGCCGUCAUGAUAGCGGCAUUGAGAAGUGAUAAUUUCAACAAGAACUAGCCCGUGGUUUACAUUGACAAAACUUUAUACUACAGAUAGGUACUUCAAACAAUGAUGUAGUUGCAAGUAAUUAAGUUGAUAAAAAAGUAGAAGAACUUGAACUUCAAUAUUACGAGUUCAACGUCUACCUGCAACAGGUUGCACUAAUCACCUUCUAAGAACCACACGAUUAUGGCACUUUGGAGCAACCUUUGUCAAGAUACGGGCCAACGGUCGAAUUCAACUACAAUCCUAUUGCCCUUAUGGGUCCGGGGUUCAUCUUCCGGCUCGCGAACACUGUCUUUGUGUCUUGGGAUGUGUGGAAAAACGUCCUCCUUGUGUGGUCGUACUUAAUACUUCCUAUUUUUUUGGAUUCUAGACUCUCUCAAACCAUACUACAUCUUUGUAUAUUAUUACUUUGUGCUUCUUGUCUUUUUACUCGGUCCUAGAUAUCUUGCUCGCUGAAGAUCGAUGUGGUUGCAUUCUUGUGGUUGUGCCGAUAGAAGUCUAGACGGAGACGAUUAUCAUGAUGGAAGAAUCAUGACUACUUUGCUUCUUGUAGUUGUGACACUGACAGCAGCUUCUUCAUCUAAUUCCAAAUUUUUGUUAUGCGGUGGUUUUAGGUAAUUUUAGUGAUUUACUGUUACCACCUCAUCAAGUUAAGCAUGCUAUUGUUAAAACGAACAUUUUCCAGGAUCAUGAUCGUUUCGGCUUUGAUAAUGAAGACGCAGAUCGAUGACCCGACAAAACCGCAGGAACACGAAAUGCUGGACAAAAUAAUCGCGUUUUUCCGAGCUUUCAUCGCAUUCAUGCUUUAUGCUUUUGGAGGAUUGAUAUUAUACAUAGUUUGUUUGAUUGAAGAACACGAAAGUUGUACUUCUUAUAAGUAUUACAAUCGAUCUACUUUUUGAUGAUGAACAACGUAGGUCUACUAGCAGUUAGGAGCUUCGCAUCGGCAACAGCAUGCAAAUGUCUGAAAACGAGUGCAAAUGUGGCAACCACAAGAGUCGCCUCUUGCUCUUCCUUGGUCGUACUACAACCAUGCCUCCUCGUGCACAAGCCAGUCUCUUCAUAUUCCGGGUCUUUACGUGUCGCAUGCAGCAGGCCGCUUUCACACAAUAGUUGCGGAAAUUCUCACGCUUUUUGAGCACAUCAAACAGAUACAGACGGAUCUUAUGAUGUUCGGCAUUCCAGACAAGGAGCUGCAUUGGGUACUCAAGCUCCUACUGUUGAUUUGCUCUAGAAGUACGUGAUUUUCGCUGCCAGCAUGUCUUUUUCCUCCGCGUAUGUUCCCUUGAGCCAAAAUGAAAAUGAAUGAUAUAUUCAUGAUCGUGAUUGAUAAUCAUGAUUGAUUCAUAGUGCUUGUGCUUUGUUCUCUUUCAUCGUUAUGACACUUCGACCAGGUGGAGCGAUAUGGAGUGCUGUCGAUGCGAAUCUUUCAUCAGGAGCUUUGUGAAAUCCAUAAUGACCCUCGGCAAAGGCUGGACGAGUGGACUAUUUUUUUCGACGACCUGGAGGACAAAGGAUACAUACAGGAGCCUUCAGAACGACGGGCUCUCGAAUCAAAUCUCGUCGAGUCCAAUGCAGACUGUUCAACCUUAUGGGGUGUAGCCAGUCGAAUAAAUGGAAUCAAUUUUUCAGUAUAACUUGAAAUUGAAAUAUGUGUGCAACACCAUCAACAAUAUGCAUCACUUAUUCCUCACCAUGCUGCUUCCCAGCGUGAUAAGUACUCACAAAGAUCACAGUGAAUAACUAUAUGGUGGUGCCUAGAUGAUCUUGACCACUCUACUUUGAGCACAACAUGCCCCUCGUCCCUUUCAUAUCAUCUUUGCUGGAUAUGGAUCCAGAAUCUGCUGAUGCGACUCAGUGUAGACGGUUACGUACCUCCACCAGGAACUCCGAGUUUCAACGCCUUGUUUCACACCUCAAAAUCCAAUGCCAUGCGAAGUAUCCGGGUAUGUAAACUUAAGGCCAGAACAAGUACUUUUAUUUUGGUAUCUACUUCACUCUACUGCAACUUUGUUCUUCGAGUCUAGAGGUGCUACUCUAUUGAUUGGCCCCGCACAUCAUGGACCUGAUAGGCCAUAUAAGAGGUUGUGGCCUGCGUGAAUAUGACCACUUUCUAUUCCGCACACUCCCCGUUAGGUGUAGUUUUUCCUACUUCUACUAAUCUCCGUCUAGUCCUUACCUCCGUCAUCAUCUUGUUUCUAAUGAAUAGCUCACUGCAGUCCAGAUGCCUUUCGGAUAUGCGCAUAUGCUGGCAGUGCUUAUACACAUGAACAACUGGCUCAUGGGUACUUCUAAAAGUAAAGCUUUUUCAGUAUAGUAUUACAGCGCCAUCUGAGUAUCAUGCAAAUGAUGCUUGAUCAUGUUUUACCGAUUAUAUCUGAAAGCAACAGAAAUUCAUCAUGAUAGAAUUUCAAUUCAUGUGUUAUAGUCUUAGUCCUCCACCUUUCUCCUCUACUGAAUCUGAAUAAAACUCAGGUCUCAGUGCCGGUGUGAACAUGGGCGUGAAUGUUGCAAAUUUUCAGAAGCGCCUAGAGGAAGGAAAGUUCCCACGAACACCACUAUGCAAUAUAGCCUUGAAAUUCCUGUACGGUGGCCUCUUCCCCUUCUUCUUCACCGGUUUCUUGAUGGUAUACUACAUAAUCGUAAUUUUAGUACAGCUGCACGUCGACCGCGCCCUUACUAGGUUCUCUCUCGUCCCUGGGUCAAACUGACAAAUCUUCGAUCAGCGCUAACCUUCAAGAAGAAACACGAGCAAUUAUACUUCUACCUCCUGCUCCUUGUCUUAAAUUCUUUCACUAUCACUCAAUCACAAUCUGACUCUGACUCUACUCCCCUCCGUCCAUCAACCAUCUUGACCAGUCUGCGUUGCUGAUGAUGUCGCCCGCGCACAUUCUUCCCAUAGCGCAGUUAAUACGGAUAUUAGAGCACGACUUGCUGGCGCAGGAACAGAUCGGACUCAAUCCGCCCUUAUGGGAGCGCCCGCGCUUUAAGGCACCUCCUCCGCUCGAGAAGUAG